AAUGUUGCGGGCUAACACGCAUCACGGAUAGAAAGCACUGCUCUGACCAUCCUCCCCUGUUAACUUACAUCUGGGGAAAACUCUGAGCUUCAUGUCUCUAUAAUCUCUGUCACAUAUUCCCUCUACUGCACAGUAGGAGAACAAUGGACCUCCACAAAAUCAUCCACAGUGCGCUGCACGAAUUUAUUCAGAACUACAUUCCUGAUGCAGAUCUCAGCACACUGGAUGAUGUUCUUCUGUCUUACAUUACUGGCGUCCUGGAGGAUCUUGGCUCCCAGCAGAGCGUCGAGGAGAACUUUGACAUGGAGGUCUUUGCAGAGAUGCUAGAAGCUUACAUACCUGGUUUUGCUGAAAUUGAGAGUGUCAAAGUCUGUGAAAUGAUGUUCAGCCUGGCUUCAAAACUAGCCAAUGCUCGGACCUCAGCUGACGAAGAAAAUGGUGUGCCUAAGGCAAGGACAGAUGAGAUUUCACUGAAACUCACCACCCUGCUCAGUGAACCUCCCCCAGAAAAAGAAACACAGUGCCUUAAAACACAGACAGAGGGCGCCACCGCCAAGCUACCAGUGUCUGAGUGGGAGGCCCAGGAGCAGCACCUGCUGGAGAUGUUUCCCAAGUGUAGUCUGUCCGAGGCUCGCAGUGCCCUGUCUAUUGCCAAAGGAGACAUGGAGGAAGCUGUGCGCCUUAUCAUAGAGGGCGAUGUCCAACUCAGCCCAACUCCUCUAAAUGUAAACCAUGGGAAGAGUAUUUCCUCACUGGCAGACCAGAAACUUAAAGAGAGCAUCCUCGAGAAGUACAUGCUGGUGGACAAUGAGGACGAUAACAAAACACACCGGCCUGUCCCCCCAAAAGAUGCUCCAAAGAAACUCGUUCGAUACCACGGCAACCAGGUGGUAACCACAAAAGGGGAGCGAUAUCAACUUGUGAAGAAAGACGAGGCAGAGGACAUGAAGAAGACGUAUGUCAACCUCAAGCCUGCACGAAAGUACAGAUUCCAUUGAUGACGAGCACAAUACUGUGAGAGCAGCUACUGACAAUAUUGUUUACAUUAUUUUUAAUUUAUUAAGUUCAUUUAGCCUGAAUUUGUUAGAUUUUUCCCAAGUAAAGGAAGAUACUCGU